AUGGCCAUGGUUCCGCGGGGGCUUCCCGCCCUGCUGAAGACGGCCCGCCAGGGGGACAAGCUAUACUGUCUGUACAGCCUGGAGGACCAUCGGUUCCACGAGAGGCCUCUGUGCGGCCACGUGGACGGCUCACGGUUGGUGGUGGCGACGCCUGAUGCCGACGUGUACGCGGCAGACUUCGCCGACGAGAGUCACGUGGAGAUCCACCGAGCUGGCCCUCGAGGGGGAGCCCCGCCGCAGCUGCGCAAGAAGAUGCUGUACCAGUUCGGCCUGGACGAGCAGGCUCGGGCCGCCCUCCUCGCGGGUGCCGGCGGUGGACCCCUGCCGCCCGUGCAGCAGGACGACGGCUGGGUCGCCCUGGAGUCGCGGUGGGGCUUCAGGCGGGGCUCGUCAGUGGACGUUACGUUCGCCUCCGUCUACGCCCUGGACGACCGCGCCAAGGCCUCGUUCCCGGAGGAGGUCAUCGCGCUGGAGCGAGUGGAGACCCUCUCCGAGGAGGCGCCGCCUGCUCCACGGGGCGCGCGGGAUGAAGUCCUGGACGAGCGCAUCCUGAGGUACUGGAGGAGCGGUACGGGCCAGCGGCGGCACGCCUUCUCGGAGGUGGCUGCCGAGCAGCGCGAGGUGCUCAGGACGCAGGAGUGGCGCGUGCAAGGGCCCGCUACCAUCGGCUGGCUGCUUCAGGCGCAUCUGAAGCAGGGUAGCGGGCCCGUCCAGCGGCACUACUGGUGGCGUCAGAUCCUGGGGUUGGCGGCUGCUUACCCCGGGAUCGACGAGCAUUUGUUCCUGUGCGGGCUGAUCGAGACAGCCUCCACGGCCGACCAGCUCAACCUCCCCGGCAGCGAGGCGUCCGAGCUGGCAGCCAGGCGAUUCCAGCGGUGGGACGAGGUGUACUCCGAGGCCCUGCGCCAGGUCGAGGUCUCAGGCACGCUGGGGGCCACGGCAAACUCGGACGGCUGGCUGGACGCGCGCAGGAUCUUCCUCAGCGGCUCCCGCUCAAAGGGCCAUGCUCUCGCGGCGCCAUCCUUGGAGGUGCACGUGGCAGAGAAGAUGCAGGAGGAGGGCGCCAUCCUCAAGGGGAGGCGCAAGGGCAGAGUGGAGCGCCGCAUGGCCCGCGGCGUGGGGAGGGCCGCCACUUCGGUGGUGGUGGCGGCCUCGGCGCAAGGAGUCUCGGACACUGGCAUCGCGCGCGACGUCCUGCCCCUCCCGCUUGGCGCGACGCUCGACGAGCUGCUGCACGGUGCGGCGGCACGCCUUCUGCCGCGCGGCGGCAGUCGGCGCGGGCGGCAGCGCAGGCAUCAGGAGGUCUGGCUGCGCGAGGGCAUCGCUGCGCUGAACGACCUCGGUGGGCGCGGGGUGGACGCUCCCGCGGGGGCCCCUGCGGCCUGCCAGGUCACCGCCGUGCGGCGCCUCGCACAGCUCUAUGGCAGGGUGGAGCCGCCGCCGUCCGACCUGACUCCCCUGGGGGCGUGGCAGACGCUCCAGGCUUCGCGGAACGGCUAUGCAGACGUCAUGGCCGAAGGUGCUUCGACAACCUACAGGAAGGGGGCCAUGGCGCUCCCGCGGGCUGCGGCGGGGCGGGUACGGCUUGCUGACGUCCUGCCGCCGCACCUGCAGUCUCUCUUGUGUAACUCGUCGCAGAUGUUACGAGAGCCGGAGGCUCGCAAUUUUGCUUUGGGUGAGGCUCCCAGGGUCUGCGCCAUGGACCCAGUGUUGCAGCGGCAUGGCUACCAGUAUGGCGAGUGCCUCUCCGAGCUGCUCUCUGCGGGCAUCAUUGAGCCUGCGGCCGAGGCCCAUGCCCAUGUCCUGAGCAACAUCAGCCCGGACGCGCCCUGGAUCGCGGACAAGGUGCCCGCACCGGCGCUGGGGACUCAGUGCGCCACCGCCAAGAUGCUGCACAUCGACAACGUCGCAGUCUUCACGUCAGGCAGCGGCGACCCCGCGCUGGAGGUGGAGCGCAUGCUGGCCGCCCUGGGCGCGCGGGGGAUUCAGGCUUCCUUUGACCGCGACGAUGGGGACAUGCACACCUUGCUCGGCUUCGUGCUCCACAAGCCCUCGGCCACCUGGCGCCUGUCGCGCGGCAAGUUGUGGCGGCUGAAGUUUAGCCUCGAUUUUGCACUGGCACCUGGACGUCUUGUCACGGGGCGCGAGCUCGAGAGGCUGAUGGGCCAUAUCACCGCGGCUGUCAUGCUGCAGCGGCACAUGCUCUCGCUCUUCCAUGCGAUCUACGAGUUUUGCAGACGGUCGCGUGACAAGCGGCAGCCUCUCUGGUCGUCGGUGAAGCGGGAGCUCGCGUGGUUCAGAGCGCUGCUUCCCUGCGUGACCGUUUCGCUGAGCCGCCCCUGGUGCGAACGGGUCAUCGCCACGGACGCCCCCCCAUGGGGGUUUGGCGUGGUGGAGCAGCCGUGGCCCGUCAGUGAUGUUCGGCGAGUUGGCAGCCUUUCGGAGCGCAGUCGCUUCAGAGGAGUCCUGACGGCGGAUUAUGCCCCCAGGGACACGCUGGUCGAACAGCAGCUCCUCCACGCCACGGCGGCCGAGGUCACCGCGGAGGGCACCCUGACCCACUUUGAGGAGGUGCCGGCAGCGCGGCUCUUGGCAGACCCUUGGUCGGUCGCGGCCGCCCGUCGCUGGCGGCGGGCCGCAGCCAUCCACGUCCUGGAGGCUGAGGGGGCGCGCUGGGCCGUGCGGCGCCUCGCGCGCAACUCGCAGCUGCAUGGGCAUCGGCACCUCAUCCUGGGUGACAGCCUCGGGGUGGUCUGCGCGUGUGAAAAGGGCAGAGCUGCACACUUUGCACUCGACGUCGUCUGUCGGGAGAUCUGCGCUAUCUCAGUCGCCUCUGGGAUGCAGCUCAGGUUCAGGUGGAUCCCAUCAGAGCUCAACCCUGGUGACGCUCCCUCUCGCAGGUUCAUGCCAGGGAACACUACCAUGCCAACGACGGUCUACUCGGCCAGCCCCGCCUACGGCAAGCACGCUCGCGAUGCAGCGGACCCCAAGCCGGCGCCGACCACCCGGCGCGCCUCCGACUGGCGCGGCGGGCACGGGCCGCCAGGCCCUUCGGGCUCCCGCCGGGGCUGGACAUCCCAGGCGCCGCUGAGCGACAGGCCCGCAGAGGGCUGUUCGCGGCGGGCGCCGCUGUGUCUGCGGCGCUCGCGACUGGCGGCGGGGCGGCUGCGACACAUCACCGUGCGUUCGUACCUGCUGGUGCUGACCAUGCGCUCGGGCUCGCCGCGGCUGCUGGCGCUGCCAGGCUGGGUCCCCGCGCAGUCGGACGAGACGCUGGUGGACUACUCCGAGUGGGCCUUCGACCGCGGCAUGGGUCAGGAGGCGUCCUCUCGCACCCACUGUGCCGUGGCUGGGGGCGAGCCCGCGCUGGGAAGGCCCGUUCGGCGCCUCUUUCCCCCGGCGAACGCGUCGCUGCCAGGCGGGGCGCAGCGCCCGUCGGGCCAUUCCCGCCAGCCGCUGCCGCGGGCGCCUGCGCGCGCGAUGGCGGCCGUGCUGGCCUCGCGGGGAAAGCCAGACUCGGGGCAGUGCGUCUUGGUGGCGUACGACCUGAGCCCGUCGGAGACCACGACCUCGCUGGCCAUGCAGUUUCUGCCAGGCAGGUGCAGAGUGGUCGGAGGGCGGCAGCAACCCCUCCUGCUCCUGCACCCAGAGGGACUUACUACCAGCUCCAGGACGGGCGAAUUCGACUCCACAAUGGGGCUCGACCUUCAUCGACGUCACUGGAUUGGGCGUGCUGUCGUGCGGCUGCAACUGCUUCGCCUCGGAGAGGAGCUGCUGUUCGUGAGCUCGCACCUGCAGCGCCUGGCCGACUUCCAUGUUGCUUGUCAAUACCUCAAGCUCGACGGUUUGGACUGCUCGCCGCACUUCCUGGGGCACGGCGACGCGACACACGUCUGCGUUGCAGGGUACCGCGCACCGCUGGAGGUGCGGGGGCGAGAAACGUGGAGGGCGACUUCACCAGUUCAGAGGUACGACAAGACCUGCUGGCGGGCGGUGGUCAGGCAGGCCUUCAGCAGCGCCCAGAGGAGGAGCUGCGAGAUCUGGGCGGUAGCCGCCCCGCAGCUCUUCGGCAUCGCCUACGUGCUGCCCUCCGCGCCGGCCGCCUUGGCGAGCGGCGGGCGUUCCUGGAUCUCUUCUCAGGCUCGGGUGGCCUCGCCGCCGAGCUAA